CACAAUUGCAAGCGUGCAGGGACAUGAGCAGCCGGGAUCAUCGCCGCCGCAGCCGAAGUUGGAGUCCUCGUCGGAGCCCCCGACGAAGCAGUUCCUAUCGACGUGACUCCAGAGAUGGCAAGUCCGACACGUCUCGCGAUUCCCGACAUCGAGAAACCCCUCGCCGCGAAUCGUCCCGUGAAUUCAGUGAUCAUCGUCGUUCAUCACGUCGAUCUAGUCCUACCAGUCGUCGGGACUUGUCCGUGCCAUCCACACCGUCAACUUUGUCGGCCGCGUCCACACCGUCCACAUGGGUUGAGAAGCCGUCACCAGCACCAUCUAGCACUCGAUCGGGGCUUGGGUUGAAUUCAAGCGAUUGGGAAGAACCCGAGCAGCUGCAUUCGACGUCGAAGCAAUCAGAUUGGGACGCGCCGACCCCGUCUCCAAUGCGAUCAUCGGCGUCGUCCACGCCCAGCCGCGACACUCCAUCGACGUCAGCGGCGAUGUCCAGUUUGGCAAGAGGUGGCGACUUGAUGGCGAAAGAAACCCGCCAUCAUUUGGGCCGCGGCGAUCUCGCAAAGAAAUCGUACGACGACGACGAAGAAGAAAGCUUCGAUCGGCAGUUUUACAUGGGCGACGAGCUCGCGCACGACUCGUUUGUCGGCAACGAGGCCAAGUUUCAGAAAAAAGAGGAAGAAAUGCUGCGCCAACGUCAGCGAGGGGAGCUCAAGUUGCGUGGCAAGUCUGCACGCGCGUCGGCGCUCAACCAAGACCAAGAAGCGUGGGAGAACAACCGACUCCUGACGAGUGGCGUGAUGGCGACGACCGAAGUCGACACGGAAUUCGACGACGAGCUGGACGCGCGCGUGCAAAUCAUGGUGCACAACACAAAGCCGCCAUUUCUGGACGGCCGCGUGUCGUUCACGACCCAGGUGGAGAUGGUUGCGACAGUGAAAGAUGCCACGUCCGACUUGGCCGUGUGCGCGCGCAAAGGCAGUGAGUUGCUACGCGAAGUGCGCGAUCAGCGCGAACGCUCGAAAAUGCGCAAGCGGUUUUGGGAACUCGGUGGGUCCCGCAUGGGCGACGUCAUGGGAAUUGCUGCCCCCGACACGAACGUCGACGAAGACGGGAAUGCGUUGCCCGCCGCUGCUGAUGCAGUCGACGACGACUUGAAUUACAAGAACGAGAGCCAAUUUUCGACCCACAUGAAGAAGAAAAUUCAAGCGGUGAGCGAGUUUGCCAAGUCCCACACGAUUGCAGAGCAACGGCGGUACCUCCCGAUCUUUCAGUGCCGCGACGAGCUCAUGCAAGUGAUCCGAGACAAUCAAAUUGUCGUAAUUGUUGGGGAAACGGGCAGCGGGAAAACGACCCAGUUAACCCAAUACAUGCACGAAGAUGGGUACUCCAAGUUUGGAACGAUCGGGUGCACCCAGCCGCGCCGCGUGGCAGCCAUGUCGGUGGCCCAGCGCGUCAGUGAGGAGAUGGGUGUGAAUCUUGGCGACGAGUGCGGGUAUGCAAUUCGAUUUGAAGACUUGACUUGCGACAAGACCAUCAUCAAGUACAUGACGGAGGGGGUGCUCCUGCGCGAGUCGCUGCGGGAAGCCGACUUGGACAGCUACAGCGCGGUCAUUAUGGACGAAGCGCACGAACGAGCGCUAAACACGGACGUAUUGUUUGGAAUCUUGCGAAAGGUGGUGCAGCGGCGGCGUGAUUUUAAACUGAUCGUGACGAGCGCGACUCUGGACGCGGAAAAAUUCGCCAACUUUUUUGGCGGUGUCCCGCUCUUCACCAUUCCCGGGCGUACGUUCAAAGUAGACACGAUGUAUGCGAAAUCGCCGGCGGAAGACUACGUCGACGCGGCCGUGAAGCAAGUGAUGACCAUCCAUUUGAGCCACCCAAAGGGUGACAUUCUUGUGUUCAUGACGGGCCAAGAAGACAUUGAAGCAACCUGCUACGUUUUGGCUGAACGCAUGGGUAAAGUCGACGGCGCGCCGCCGCUCAUGGUCCUUCCCAUGUACUCGCAGCUGCCCGCCGAUCUGCAGGCCAAAAUUUUCGACGCAAGCGACAUUCGCAAGUGCAUCGUAUCGACCAACAUUGCUGAAACCAGUCUAACUGUUGACGGGAUCCGGUAUGUGAUUGACGCAGGGUUCUGCAAAAUCAAGGUGUACAACCCCCGCAUUGGCAUGGACGCGCUUCAAAUUACGCCCGUGUCGCAGCAAAAUGCGAAUCAGCGUGCCGGACGCGCCGGGCGAACGGGGCCAGGCGUGUGCUACCGCUUGUACACGGAACGCCAAUUUUGCAACGAAAUGAUGGAUGCCCAAGUGCCGGAAAUCCAGCGCACCAACUUGGGAUACAUCGUUCUCUUGCUAAAGUCGCUCGGCGUGAAGAACCUGCUCGAGUUUGACUUUAUGGACCCGCCGCCCCAAGACAAUAUAACGAAUUCCAUGUACCAAUUGUGGGUGCUUGGCGCGCUCGACAACACGGGCGAGCUGACGGAAAUGGGCAAGCGCAUGAUCACGUUUCCACUGGACCCGCCACUUGCCAAGAUGCUGUUGUUUUCAGAAACGCUGGGUUGUACGGCAGAAGUCCUGAUCGUGGUGUCGAUGCUGAGUGUCCCGAGUGUAUUUUUCCGCCCCAAGGACCGCGAAGAAGAGUCGGACGCCGCACGGGAAAAGUUUUUCGUGCCCGAGAGCGACCAUUUGACCUUGCUCAACGUGUACAAGCAGUGGGAGGCCAACAAUUAUUCGCAAUCGUGGGCGAACGACCAUUACAUCCACUCCAAGGGCAUGCGCAAAGCGCGUGAAGUUCGCGAGCAACUCGUCGACAUCAUGAAGCAGCAAAAGAUGCCGCUCACCACUUGUGGGACGCACUGGGACGUCGUACGCAAAGCCAUUUGCUCGGCCUACUUUUACAACUCGGCGCAAAUCAAAGGCAUCGGCGAAUACGUCAACAUGCUGACCGGCAUGCCGUGCAACUUGCACCCGAGCUCGUCGUUGUUUGGUCUCGGGUACACGCCCGACUUUGUCGUGUACCACGAACUCAUUUACACGACCAAGGAAUACAUGCAGUGCGCGACCUCGGUGGAAGGCGAAUGGCUCGCCGAGCUCGGUCCGAUGUUUUUCAGUGUCAAAGAAAGCUACAAGUCGCGACUGCUCAAGCGCGCCAAGGAACGGCACGAACGUGCUGACAUGGAGCACGAGAUGGCGAUGCAGCACGAGAAGGACCAGUUUGCCCUCGAGCAAGAGGAGCGGCUUGCAAAAAAGGCGAAAACCGCGUCGAAACACGCCAUGGUCACCCCCGGCCGGAGCAACAAGCACGCGAAAACGCCGCUUCGCACGCCGCUGCGCUUUGGAUUUUAGACGCGACAAUGUCGCCGCUCCAUCGAUUUUGGAUUCAAAGCGUGCAGAUUUUCUAGCGCUGGGACGUGGUGUGUUGAAAUUUGGUCCAAGUUUUCAUUGUUGGAGCCCUUUUUGCUUUUGCGUCGGGAUGGUUCGGGGACUCGGUCGCUGCUCUUCUUGUGCCGGGACUGUCCUCGUCCCAGU